GACAGCAGUGACGUCACCGCCGUUACCGAUAUGGCAGUGCCAGAGGAGGAGACGGAUUAGUCUGGUGGAGACGGUCUAAAGACCAGCAUCAUGUCGCUCGGCUGGUCCGCCAAAGAUCACAAAAACCCGAACCCGACGGCCGGAGGACUGAAGCGGCAGCGCAGCGACACCGGGAACAAAGUGACGGUGGUUCUGGGCGCCCAGUGGGGCGACGAGGGCAAAGGCAAGGUGGUCGAUUUACUGGCGACCGAAGCCGACGUCGUCUGCAGGUGUCAGGGAGGCAACAAUGCUGGACACACAGUGGUGGUGGACGGUAAAGAGUACGACUUCCACCUCCUCCCCAGCGGAAUCAUCAACCCCAAAAGCACAUCACUUAUUGGUAACGGCGUGGUUAUACAUUUACCUGGCCUAUUUGAGGAAGGCGAUAAAAACGAGAAGAAAGGUCUGAAAGGCUGGGACAAGAGACUGAUCGUGUCGGAUAGAGCCCACCUCGUCUUUGAUUUCCACCAGGUCGUCGAUGGCCUACAAGAAACUGAAAGACAAGCACAAGAAGGAAAGAGCAUUGGAACAACCAAGAAGGGGAUUGGACCCGCGUAUUCCAGCAAAGCAUCACGCACCGGCCUUCGUGUGUGUGACCUUCUUGGUGACUUUAAGGACUUCUCGAGCAGAUUCAAGAACCUUGUCCAACAGUAUCAGUCCAUGUAUCCAUCCUUGAUAGUUGACGUUGAGAGCCAACUGAAGAAACUGAAGGAGUACACUGAGAGACUGCGGCCGAUGGUUCGGGAUGGAGUCUACUACAUGUAUGAAGCCCUUCAUGGACCUCCAAAGAAGAUUCUCAUUGAAGGGGCCAAUGCUGCUCUCCUUGACAUAGAUUUUGGUACAUAUCCCUUUGUGACAUCAUCAAACUGCACUGUGGGUGGAGUUUGCACUGGUCUUGGAAUCCCUCCACUGAAUAUUGGUGAGGUGUUUGGUGUAACAAAGGCUUACACCACCAGGGUGGGAAUCGGUGCUUUCCCCACCGAACAACUCAAUGCAGUCGGCGAGCUGCUGCAGACAAGAGGUCACGAAGUGGGCGUGACCACAGGAAGGAAGCGGCGCUGCGGCUGGUUGGACCUUGUGAUUGUCAAAUACGCUCACAUGAUCAACGGCUUCACCGCGAUCGCGUUGACAAAACUUGACAUUCUGGAUGUUCUGGAUGAAAUCAAAGUUGGAAUCGCAUACAAGCUCAACGGAAAAAGAAUCCCUCAUUUUCCAGCCAACUUGGACGUUUUACACAAGGUGGAGGUUGAGUAUGAAACCUUCCCUGGUUGGAAAACAGACACAUCUGCAGCCCGGAAGUGGAACGACCUCCCGGCCCACGCCCAGAACUACAUCCGCUUCAUCGAGAACCAUAUUGGAGUUCCAAUCAAGUGGGUUGGUGUUGGAAAGUCCAGAGAAUGCAUGAUCCAGAUGUUUUAAUGGAAACAUUGACCUGAUGUUGACCCGGACACGUGGAUCUCCUGAUCGCUUCUGGAUUCGUGAAAUAAAACAAUAAAUAAAUCAGUGUGACAU